AUGACUUUCAACUUUCAAUCUUCUGGAAGAGACUGCUGGGCUGCUCCUUCUCCAGACGCACACGAUCCCUCUUCCACCUUCUACCCCACCAAAGCUACAGACCCAACUCUCGAGUCUGAACUCAGCUCCGGCCGACGCGACAACGCGCCUCUGUCCCCUGUGACCGUGGGCACCGCCGAACACCCAGCGCACUGGCCCGCAAGCCCAGCCGCCGACGAAAUGGCCGCAUCCCCGUCCAGCGCCAUCCCCGAUGUCUCGCAGGUCAACCUGCCCGACUGGCACGCGCGAUACACAGCCAGCACGCAGUACUUCCUCGAGCACGGGCAGCAUGCGCCCGGCGCGCACGCCCUCGCCGCCUACCUCAACUUCCGACUGCCCUGCCAGCGUCCCGCCGCGUCGCAAAGCUUCGUCGGCCUGCGCCCCUACGUGCGUCGCCUGAUCGCCACGGCGCAUGACAUCCCCGACGUGCUGCAGAUGCUGUUCGGGCCCGACUGGCACGGCGGCGUCGGGCGGCUCUGGCAGCAGGAGCGCAUCAACUACCUCUUCACGGCCAAGAGCGGCGGCUGGGCCUCCACCAAGGCGGCGUACGACGGCGAGGGCGACGAGCAGGUCCCGUUCCUCCGACCGAUCCGCGACGUGACGGAGGAGGAACUACAGACGGCUGAGUCGCGGUGGAGUGAGUGGUUAGCCAUGGAGGAUUGGAUGGUGGGGACACGCAGUCCGUGGUGA